AUCGCGCAAUGUUUACGUUUCUGCCGGGGAGAGCGGGGCCGGGAGGAGGAGGAGGAGAAGGAGAAUCGGGAAGGAGCGGCGUCAGGGCUGAGCUCGGUCGGCCAGCCGUGCUCGCCGCUCACACCGAGUAAAGUGGCGAGCGCCCGCUCCCGAACGGGUGCCGAGCCGACCCGUCGAUGUCCCGAUCGGGUACGGGCUGAAAGUCGCUGCAGGUACAAGUUGAUUGACGUCGAAGGGAACCUCUGGCCCAUAUGAACAAGAGAAGGAGCAUUAGGAAUGAAAUUGAGAUCCCUGACUCGUCAGACCCCCCAUGUAAGGAAGGAGGGCACCAGCCCAGGUUCUCCACUGGACACUGGCCUCAUCAGCCACCUCAGACCCUACAAAACCAAUGUGGUAGUAAGUCAUCCUCGCUCUUGAGGGUUCACCUAUCAAGCUGAAGAGACAGUUGAGAACUUCCAUGGAUCUCCUUGGUUGCGCCUUACCAGUCUGAAAACAGACCAUUAAUCCUGAGGCUCUUGUUUCUGACAGGUCCACACGCAACGUAAAGAAAGUAAAAGGAUGGUGGGAGCGCUGGAACCCCUUGGUGCCCUUUCCCGCUGGUACCUGUAUGCCAUCCAUGGGUACUUCUGUGAGGUAAUGUUUACAGCUGCUUGGGAGUUUGUCAUCAAUUUUAACUGGAAGUUCCCAGGAGUUACCAGUGUGUGGGCUCUGUUCAUCUACGGCACAUGCAUCAUGGUGGUGGAGCGAAUGUACCUGUCUCUCAAAGACCGAUGCCCCAGUUUGGUGAGAUGCCUCAUCUACACCCUCUGGACCUACAUCUGGGAAUUCUCAACAGGAUACAUCCUGCGCCAGUUCAAUGCCUGCCCCUGGGAUUACUCCCAGUUCGACUAUGACUUCAUGGGAUUAGUUACACUGGAGUAUGCGGUCCCUUGGUUCUGCGCUUCCUUCAUUGUGGAAAAGCUGGUGAUCAGGAACACCCUGCGUCUGAGGUUUGAUGAAAAUGGGGAGCCACGGUCUCCUGGCAUUGCCCCGGCCACACUGUGGGACCACUUGAAGCUCAGGAAAGAAAAGUAGAGACCAAUCUGUAAUCCAUUUGAAGCUUUCCAGAAAUGGACGAAAGAAAACUGACAUUUAACAAGAGCUGUGUUUUUUUUGUACUACUUGUCAGAAAUAGCUUUUACAUUACAUUGCUCCUCUGUAUGAAUGAUUCUUUCCGUGUGGUGUCCACGCUUCCAGUGCAUGCACUGAUAUUGACAGGUACUUAAUCAUCGCACACCAUGGAUCAAGCCAGGAGAACAACAGAAAACCCAUUAUUUAUGCUAACUCAUUUCCUAAAAUCUCCCAUACCCCACUAACCAGUCUCUGCUCUGAAAAUUCACUCUGCCUUUACCUGAAUGGUUACUCUUACAAGAGAGUUAUGGACAUGGCUGCAAACAUGUGACUAGGUCACACAUAAUACCAUUUUAUUUCUUUACAUAAUGCACCCAGCUUGUUCCUGAGUAGAAUUGAGGGUGCACAUCAUUUGAUAUUUGGGUUGGAGCUCCCUCUGCAGACAACAUAAGAUAUGAUUAAAAAUGGGAUAUUAUGUAUGUUUGGAUCUUGGACUUGUGCCCAAUUGUUGUCUAAGGUUUCAACAUUUCUGCAUGCUGCAAUAAAACCCAUCAUGAUUCUGCUGGCAUGCUUUUUCUAGGAUUUGCACUUAGUCUCCUGCAAGCACUGGUCUAAAAUUGAUGAAUGGCCCACCAAUGCAGAUGUACUUGGGUUGGGUUUCAUGCAGGUGCCAUGGACAAUUCUGUAUUGUAUCUCAAGGACAUAUAUUGUAGUUGGGGUACAGGACCUAUAAACCCUGGCUUGCACUGAGGUAUGGGAUCCAAAAGACAACACAGAUGUCCCCCACUUUUACAAAGUUGGAGCGUUCCUAUGAAACCAUUCAUAUGGCGUAAAGCGAAGAACCAUUAAUUUAUAUGGGAAAAUUUUUCUU